CUAAAGUGAGCAUAAAAAUCUCUUUGGGAAUUUUUCUUAUAGCGGUCGUCUCCCUAGGUAUCUAGGGUUUGCUUUUCUUGCGCCGUUCUUCCUUCUCGAUCGUGGAGGGAAGGGUCGUGCCUUGGCUUGUGUUCGUUUGAGGCAGAAUUCUGCCUGGGUUUUUUUAGCACUGCUUCUUCGGCCUUGGUGGAAGCAAUACAUAUCUUUGCUUUGGAUUUAGUUUGAAUUGCACGCAGUUCUAAGUAGUUUACAUCCAAGAUAUAUUCAAUACUGGAUCGCUGCCUUUACUCGGGUCAUGGCUCUCUCGGUUGUGCUACCGGUUUCGGGUGGGGAAAUUCCAUCAAGCGGGGAUUCCGGGUUCACUCGUGCUGUAAUCGCAAGGGUUAAGGAGAUGCCUUUGAUUUUUGUGAUGGUGGGUUUGAAAGGAAUUUUUCAAGAUGAAGAUUUGGUUAUCCGUCCCCCUCCUGAGCCACCGCCGAGGAGGACUUGCUGGGUGGUGGUGAAGAAGAAAACUAGUUUUGGUGUUUUUUUUGUUUAUCUGUUUUGGUUAUUUUAUAUUUGGAUGUAUUGUUUUUUUUCCUUUAAUUUUGGUACUUUCUUUCAUUGUAAGACUCUUGCAUUAAGGUGGAGGGAUAAAGAAUCUGCGGUAACCGUCAUUCGCUCUAAAUUGCCCAAAUUUGGUCUAGCGAGUUAUACUGCUUCUUUACAGGUGGUUAGCUCUCAGUCUCGGCCACGGGCGGAUGGUUAUCUGUGGUUUUUUUCUAGUUCUGUACUCUUGCUGAAUGCUACUUUUAUGAAUUAAUGUCUUCUUCGAGCAAAAAAAAAUCUCAAGAAAC